AACUUAUUAAAUAGAUUGCAAUGAACGCUACAGGUCGACUCCCAUCAAGGCAUCAAACAGUCGAUGAAGCUUUUUGUCCGCCCGAAAACUUUUUGGAAGUGGACGUUGUCAACCCUGAAACGCAUGGAAUUGGCGCAAAGAGAUAUACGGACUACGAAGUGAAAGUCCGCACCAGCUUGCCAAUUUUCAAAUUGAAAGAAUCAUCAGUCAGGCGCCGAUAUUCCGAGUUCGAAUGGCUGAAACUUGAGUUGGAGCGAGAUAUAAAAAUCCUUGUUCCGCCCUUGCCUGGGAAAGCAUUUGGAAGACAACUACCCUUUAGAAACGAUCAAGGCAUUUUCGCGGAGAGUUUCAUCGAAGACAGAAGACAGCAACUUGAAGCUUUUGUCAACAGAGUCGCUGGACAUCCUCUAGCUCAGAACGAAAAAUGUCUGCACAUGUUUUUGCAAGAACCCGUGAUCGAUAAAAAUUACACACCGGGAAAAGUGAGGUCCUUUUAAACACCCGCUCAGAACUUUUCUUUCGACAAUGUAUGCUCCACACGCCUCAGCAUUCAAUGAAUACCUUCAAUUUUUCACAUAGACUCAAAUUUAAAUCUUGACGCCGAAAAAGCACAGUGAAAAUGGUGACUGAUUCUCUCAUAUUAUCGCAAUUUAUUGUCUUUAGUUGUCAUUAACUUACCAUUGUGUCAUAAAGUAACUAAUAAUGUCCAGAUCUGAUUUCGCGAUGAAUUGUAAGCUAGAAACCUUAUCAAAAUUAAUUGAUGAUAACUUAUGAUUGAUAUUUAUAGAUCCAGAGUUUCAAUAUAUUCUUUAGUUAA